AUGGCGCUUCAAUUGGCGGAUGGCCUGCCGGACUGUGCCAUACCGUGUCUGUCGCAGGCCGUCAACAUCACAACAUGUGCCGUCACCAACUUGACGACAACAUGUCUAUGUCAGGAUAAGCCCGCCGUCGAGGCCUUUCGCGUCUGUAUACUCGCCAAGAACAUCACAUGGACAAAGUGCGGAUAUCCUUAUCACCAUCAGACAGAUUCGAUAGCCGGCAAAGUAUCGCUCGUGAUCAUCACCGCCGUCUUCGUGCUAGCGAGGAUGCUCUCCAAGUUUCUGAGGCUGUCGACGUGGGGGCCGGACGACUUCACGUUGAUAUUGGGAUACUUGUUCUCUAUUUCUUUUGCCAUUUCCAAGUUUCGAGGCAUCGGUCGAGAUAUAUGGACUCUCUCCUACGACGAGAUAACUCGCUUCAUGCAAGUAAGACACUUCCCAUCACCACCACACCCCGAAUAUUCUACAGCAGCAAACAUGCCGCAGAAGCUCACAAACCAACUCGAAAACCGGCAGGUCUUCUUCGCCUUCGAAGUAAUCUACACCCUCUCCAUCUCCGCCCUCAAAGCCUCCAUCCUCUUCUUCUACAUCCGCGUCUUCAGCAUGGUCAGCCGCACCUUCAGCCUUGUCCUCUGGCUCACCCAGGCCUUCAACUUCUUGUUUUGCCUCGCCUUCACCGUCGCGAACCUGAACCAGUGCCGCCCCUUCAGCAACGCCUGGGAGGGCUGGGACGGCCGCCACCCGGGGUACUGUAUUAACGUCUACGCCAUGUUCAUCGCGCACGCGGCGAUCAACAUCGCGCUCGAUGUGUGGAUGUUGGGGUUGCCUGUCACGCAGGUGCUGUGGUUGAAUUUGAGAAAGAGGCAAAAGGUGGAGAUUGUGGUCAUGUUUUCGUUGGGUGUUGUCAUCACAAUCGUCAGCGCGGUCCGUCUAAAAGUCCUCCUAAGCCUCGAAGGCUUCCAAGACCCAACCUACGACGCAUUCUACCUCCACAUGUGGUCCUACAUCGAACUCUCCGUCGGCAUCAUCGUCGCAUGCCUCCCCUCGACCCGCCAAGUCUGGCGCCAUCUCGUCCCCAAACUCCUCCGUCUCGUCGGGCUGGGAAUUCCCAAACACCACCACAACCACCACCACGGCCAUGAAAGGCCGGGUGACUCAGCAAAGAAUCUUCGCGACAUUUUGUUUAUGAGUACGAACACAGGAGGUGGUGGAGGAGAAGAGGGAGGUGAGGAGGAGCAUUCGUCGUCGUCGGCGGGACCUUCAAGUCCGAGUGGAUCGUCGACUCGUCGUCAGGAGGUACACUGUAAUUUGUAA